AUGCAACUACCUGAGGCUCCUUCGCCCCGAGUUUCUGCCCUCUCAAUCGCGCCCUUCUUCCCAAUCGCGCCCUCUCCCCAAUCGCGCCCUCUCCCCAAUCGCGCCCUCUCCCCAAUCGCGCCCUCUCCCCAAUCGCGCCCUCUCCCCCAUAUCGCGCCCUUCCCCUCAUUGCGCCUUCCCCCGUCACGCCCCCCCUCCUCCAGCGCGGUGGUGGAGCACGUGGCGCUGUUCAGCAUGCCGCCAGACAUGGCGGAGGAGAGCGAGGGCGACAUGCUGAGCCACCUCUACUCGCUGCAGUACCACUACCCGCACCUCCUCGCCAUCUCGCUCGGCCGCAUCGUAGCCAAGCGCCCCGUCGGCUUCUCCCACGCGCUCUUCGCGCGCUUCCCCUCGCGCCGCGCGCUCGACGGCUUCCUCGCGCUGCCCGCGCUGGCCACGGCUAUGGAGCAGUUCGUCACGCCCUCGUGCACCGACACGCUAUCACUGUCAUACGAGGCCCAGGUGGAGGCGGACAUAGAGAGCGUCUUCAGACGUGGCGAUGCGUAUGAGAGGGGAGUGGAGCAUGUGGUGUUGCUGCGUGCCAAGCCAGCAGUGGAGGCGGAGAAGCAGAGUGCCAUGGUGGAGGCGCUGGCUGCGCUGCCACAAGCCAUGGACGCACACAUCCUCGUGCAGCUCACUGCCGGUGCCAACUUUGCUGUCGACACCGCCAAGGGCUUCACUCACGGGCUCGUGGCGAGAUUCCCCUCAGAGGAGGCACUGGAUGCUUACAACAAGCACCCCAGCCACCGGCAGGUGCUGCGACAGCAUGUGCUGCCCUUGAGUGAAUCCAUCCUUGCUGUUGACUUUCACGUGGAUCCUGUAGGACGGGAGGAGAAGGUUUAG